AUGUUAGCCACUAAGUCUGUCAGAACUUUACUGCUCAGAGUGUGCCGGGUCGCUGUAAACCAACGAUGUCUAUCUAGCAUAUCAGGAAGUUUGCAAGUGGGUGAUCCUAUCCAACAGUCAUUUGUUGCUAGACUACGGGAGUAUCGUCAAAAGAGCGAGAAAUCUGAGUUCGGAUUAACAGAUGCUUCAUCUAAAGAAAUAAAAGAGCUUAGUGAAAUGCUGGCUAAGGUUGAUAGAAUAUACGAAGCGGAAGGAGAAGAUAUGACUCAGUUCCCUAUGUUCAAAUUCGAAGAACCCAAGGUUGUUAUACCGACAUCUUCUCUACAUGUUGAGUAUCCAAAAGAACCGGAGAAUGAUGUUGAAGUUUAA